AACCCAAAACACCAUCAACACACCGAGGGCCAGCACACGCCUGACAUGCAUCUGUUGCUGUAUUAGUUAAAUGAACAUGUCUUCUGUGAGGGAGUGACUGAACUCCAGAUUCAAGUUUAACUGGAGCUCCUCGAGUCCUGGGAUCCGACUGCAGCUCUGGGAAUCUGCCACAGACAUGCCUUCCCCUCCUCUGAGGCCAGACCUCGUGCAGCCUGGAUGGAUCAGAGAGUGACGAACAUCAUCUCCGCCGAAGUUGGAUGUCUUUCUUCGUGACUGUGUUUGGAAGCGCUGUUGACUUGCAGAAGGUUGCAACUGCAUUUGAAAAAGCAAAACAAUGCGCAUCGGUUGGCGUAGGGGUGCGAGGAUGCUCACGUGGUUGUGUGGACUGCUGGUCCUGAGGGUCUGUGUCGGACAGAGCUACGAACGCUGGGAGGCCGGUUCCUCGUGCUAUGGAGGGUUUGACCUGUACUUUGUGCUGGACAAAUCUGGAAGUGUCCAGCACCACUGGAAUGAGAUCUAUUACUUUGUUGAUCAUCUUGCACACAAGUUCAUCAGCCCCCAGCUCCGCAUGUCCUUCAUAGUGUUUUCAACAGAGGGCAGGAUCCUAAUGAAACUGACAGAAGACAGGGACAAGAUCCGCGCCGGGCUGGAGGAACUUCAGCAAGUGUUGCCAGGUGGAGACACCUUCAUGCACAAAGGUUUUCAGAGGGCAAGCGAGCAGAUCUACUAUGGAACAGGUGAUGGGUACCGCACAGCGAGUGUCAUCAUUGCUCUAACAGAUGGAGAAUUGCGUGAGAAUGAGUUUGAUUUGGCGGCCAGGGAGGCCGGACGCUCGCGACAACUGGGAGCUUCAGUCUACUGUGUUGGAGUGAAGGACUUCAAUGAAACCCAGCUGGCGACAAUAGCCGAUAGCAAAGAUCACGUUUUUCCAGUGAAUGAUGGCUUUGAAGCGCUGCAGGGGGUCAUCGAUUCGAUUCUGAAGAGAUCCUGCAUAGAGAUCCUUGCAGUGGAGCCUUCAAGCAUUUGUGCAGGAGAAUCCUUCGAGGUGGUGGUCAGAGGGAACGGAUUCCUUCACGCCCGGGACGUAAACAGAAUUCUGUGCAGCUUCCGCGUCAACAACACCAUCACCGUGAUGAAGAGACCUCUGGUGGUUGAGGACACGUACCUGCUCUGCCCAGCGCCUGUACUGCAGGGGAAGGGAACAUCUGCCUCUCUCCAUGUCAGUAUGAACAACGGCCUGAGUUUUAUCUCCAGUUCUGUGACCAUCACAACCGUGAGCUGUGUGAGUACAGUAUCCCUGCAGGCCAGCAGUGCUACACUGGGCAUUACCUCUAUUUCAACUCCUCUGAACACAACUGACGGAACGUUCUUGGCCAUAGCGCUGCUCAUCCUUCUGCUGCUGAUCGCCAUGGCGAUACUCUGGUGGUUUUGGCCCCUCUGUUGCACCGUGAUUGUCCACGAGCCACCGCCACCUGUGAUGGAAGACAGUUCGGAUGAAGAGGACGAUGGCUAUCCCAAGAAGCAGUGGCCGACAGUGGACGCCUCAUAUUACGGUGGCAGAGGAGUUGGCGGCAUUAAAAGAAUGGAAGUGCGCUGGGGAGAUAAGGGGUCCACUGAGGAAGGAGCCAAACUCGAGAAAGCCAAGAAUGCUCGAGUGAAGAUGCCAGAGCAGGAGUUUGAGUUUGCACCCACACGCACCCUGAACAACGGCAUGAGGAAACCCAUCUCUCCUCUGAAGUGGUACUCGCCAAUCAAGGGUAAAUUGGACGCCCUGUGGGUGUGGCUAAGGAGAGGAUAUGACCGUGUGUCCGUCAUGCGGCCUCAACCUGGAGAGAAGGGUCGCUGUUUGAAAUUCACCCACAUGAAAUCCUACCCGGCCCCUCAGUACCCACACUACAACAACCCCUCGAGUCACAUCUACAGUCUUCCCCACAGCAGAUGCCCCCCUGUCCCACAGGGUACUCUACCUCCCACCCCACGCUGCUCCGCCCACUCUCCAACCUCCACCCUGCCACCUCUGCCUUCCACCCCACCCCCAUCCUCUAUAACCCCUCCCCCUUACACUCCACCUCCAACCAGAGCUGUGUCUCCAACCUGUCUGAGCAUCAAUGUGACUUUACCUCCGACGCCGCCGCCCCCCUCAUCACCCAACACCCUGCCUCCGCCCCCUCUGGCCGCUCCGCCGGGGCGAGCCCCGCCUCCUUCUCGUCCCCCACCACGUCCAGGCCCUGACGUUCCCGACCUUCCCUAAAGAGUAACAGGAGUUUUUGCACCAGGAACGAUUAGACUGAAGACACAGUUCGCAAAGCAAAAAUAAAGAUUUCGUGUGAAUUGCAAGGGCAUUUGGUGAUCUCAUAGAUGUGAAAGACCUAGAUGACGUGUUAGCAACUGUUGCAAAUCACAGCCGUACGUAAGGGCAUCCACGAUCAGACACAUCCAAGAGAACAGAUACAGGUUACAAUGUCACUUUCUGUAGUGUUUUUUUUUUUUUUUAUCUUAUUCAACAUUUAGAAAAAGAAGACUCUUACCUGUGAGACAGAAGCCCAUAGGCUGAUGAACCGGAAAUGUUGCCCGAGUACGUUAAUACGAUGAAAAACGGAAAACCUUUUCCUUUGCGUUUUUGAAAAGGUUUUUUUUGACAGCGUUAUCAAAGCGAUCUGCAUUUACAGGGAUCUGGGAAAACGAAUAAAAACACUUUAUUAUACAUGCCAGGCCAGUGGAUGGCGCUGUUGCGCUAUAAAGAAAUGCGCAAAUACACAUACCUUGUUUUAAAGUAAAAGCGCUUUUAAUACACUUUGUCGGCGUGUAUGUAUGUUUAUAGUUUGUGUAUAUAAAUACUAUGUCUCCGCUGAUCUUAGUGGCGUAGUAAAUCUACUUUUUGCUGGAGAAAUGAUAAGUAUGUCACGCAGUACAAACAUGCAGCAUGGAAGUCGCCAUUUUUGUUUGGGGAAUACUCGCGCAUGCCUACAGAUUGAACGCCAUCGUUUUUUGUAAAACGCCGCCUUCAGAGUUUACACUGAAACGAUAAUGCCAUCGUUUCCAAAAACGUGCACUUCGAGGCCCGUUUUCAGUCCUCAAAAAUGUCGUUGUCGUGCAAAUGAACAGAUAAAACGCAUAAAAAGUUUUCCGUUUUUAAUUGAAAACGGUCUCGUGUAAACGGAAGUCACGUGAUUUGUUACCAUAGUCUAAUUUGUAUAUAUGGAUGCUUUACAAGCAUCAAGCUUGUAUUCAAAGGUCAUGAAGUGCUUAAUGAUGUUUUAUUUAAAAUGCCCUUUGUUCCGGUUCAUUUUUUUAGCAUUAUGCUUACGGAUAUGGCAGUGCUAUGCCAAAUUUUUCAGGAUAUUUUGAAUUUCGUUCCAGUUUGUUGUGCUUGAGCACUCGACAACUUCGCUGGUUACAGAUGUCCAAUUUGCAUCUGAAGAUCAUUUUAACAAGAGCUUGUGUGUACAUUCUUCAAUUAAAUGAUGAUUUUGAC